AAAAUCUUAUUUUCGCUGAAUCGCAGGGAGGGGAGAGGAAUAUUAUUCCGACUUGUCGGCUGCCCGAACCCCAAAGCAUGUAAAAUCAAAGCCACCUCUCUCUCUCUCUCUCUCUCUCUUCUCUGUGAAUCUUCAAUGGAGAAGAAGCGAGAUGGGAGGGAGGUGGCCCAGGUGGGUGUGUUCUUGGAUGGGAUCAUAGACGCCAUGCCUGUGUUUGCGAAGGAGUUGGUUGCUGGGGGAGUUGCUGGUGGAUUGGCUAAGACGGCAGUAGCACCCCUUGAGCGUGUCAAGAUUUUAUUUCAGACCAGAAAAUCAGAAUUUCAGAGUGUGGGGUUGGUUGGAUCCUUUAAAAAGAUAGCUAAGACAGAAGGGGUACUGGGCUUUUACAGAGGGAAUGGAGCUAGUGUUGCUCGAAUUGUUCCUUAUGCAGCACUACAUUAUAUGGCUUAUGAGCAAUACCGCCGAUGGAUUAUACAUGGUUUUCCUGGCAUUGGGAGAGGUCCUGUACUAGAUCUUGUGGCAGGAUCAUUUGCUGGAGGAACGGCUGUGCUCUUUACUUAUCCUCUAGAUUUAGUUAGGACUAAAUUAGCUUAUCAAGUUGUUGGAUCAUCAAAAUUGAACAUUAAAGGGCUGCUUCAUGCUGAGCAAUUUUACAAGGGAAUUCUUGAUUGUUUUUCAAAGACUUACAAAGAAGCCGGAAUGAGAGGUCUCUAUCGUGGUGUUGCUCCAUCACUCUAUGGAAUAUUCCCAUAUUCUGGUUUGAAGUUUUAUUUCUAUGAAGAGAUGAAAAUCCACGUUCCAGACGAACACAAGAAAAAUAUCAUGGUGAAACUGGCAUGCGGAUCGGUUGCAGGUUUACUGGGUCAGACCUUCACUUACCCUCUUGAUGUAGUUAGGCGGCAAAUGCAGGUAGGACGACUCUCAGCAUCUAGCAGUGGAGACAUAAAAGGAACAAUGGAAACGCUUGUUAUGAUUGCUCGAAAGCAAGGAUGGAAGCAAUUAUUUUCAGGGCUGAGCAUCAACUACCUGAAGGUCGUACCAUCGGUGGCAAUUGGGUUUACAGUUUAUGAUGUUAUGAAAUCAUGCCUGAGAGUUCCAUCACGAGAUGACAAUGUGAUCGAAGUACUAACCAACAAAAGAAAUAGCCAAUCAUCAUCCCUGCACUCUUAACAAAUUUGACCUGGCUAUAGGUUUUAUUGUAUCUUGCAGGUCAUUUGAUUUGUAUAUUAUAUUCUUUCAAGAAUGUCAUUACAAAUAUGGGUAAUGUCUCCCAUUCAAUAGAUCAGAUCACUAAUUAGUUGCACUUGCUGAUUUAGCAAGGCAUAAAAUCCUGAUAUAGCAGAGGCCAUUAGUUAUUUGUCUUCGUUUAAUGGUAACUGCACCUUUUU